UCAACUGUUUUGAACUGUGUUUUGUUUUUGUCUCCAUAACUCAUUUUGAUAGAUUUAUUCUGGCAAGAUUCCCCCAAACACGUAAAACUAAUAAAGGUGUUUUGACUACGGAACUAGCCGUUACGUACCAUUAGGGUCAUAAUUCACGCCGAGUUUUCGCCAUGGCGUAAUGUCUUGUCGGGUUUUGAGAAGAAGGUUAUAUGCAUUUGCACUCAUCCACGCGACGGCAGUUCCGCUGGCAACCUUUUUCGGACAAAAUAUACAUCACCAUGUCAACAGAGGAGGACGUUCUUAAGGUGAUGAAGAAGUUGGACAAGAUGAUCUCCACAGAGAACUUUGAUGACGCCAUGGACUCGCUGAAGAAACUGCAGUCGCUGCCCAUCACGCUGCAGGUGCUCAACAAGACGCGCGUCGGCAUGACGGUCAACUCGCUGCGCAAGUCCAGUAAGGAUGAGCAGAUCAUCACACUGGCCAAGUCGCUGAUCAAGGGCUGGAAGAAGCUGCUCACGCCGCCGGCCGACGCCAAGAAGGCGAGCAGCGGCGGCGGCGGCGGCGGCGGCGGCGGCGGCGAGACGAGCGCCAGUCGGGACGUGGAGAUGCCGGCCGCGGCGCCCGAGAAGGAGGCGGUGGCGCGCUUCCCGCCGGCGGCGCCGCCCACCGGCGACGCCGUGCGCCUCAAGUGCCGCGAGAUGCUCUACAACGCGCUGCGCGGCGACUCUGUGCCCGACGGCAGCGGCGACCCGGAGGCGCUGGCCGAGCGGCUGGAGGCGGCCAUCUUCGCCGAGUUCAAGGCCACCAACGCCAAGUACAAGAACCGCGUGCGCUCGCGCAUGGCCAACCUGAAAGACCAGAAGAACGUGAACCUGCGGCUGAACUACCUGACGGGCGGCAUCACGCCCGAGCGGCUCGCCACGAUGGCGCCUGAGGAGAUGGCCAGCGACGAGAUGAAGGCGCUCCGGGACAAGCUCACCAAGGAGUCGAUCAACGACGCGCAGCUGGCCUCCGUCCAGGGCACCUCCACCGACCUGCUCAAGUGCGGCAAGUGCGGCAAGCGCAACUGCACCUACAACCAGAUCCAGACGCGCAGCGCCGACGAGCCCAUGACCACGUUCGUCAUGUGCAACGAGUGUGGCCACCGGUGGAAGUUCUGCUGAGAGAGGCCCGGGCCGGCCGCGUGGACUCCGCUACCUGUGGCCGCGCCGGCCGCCGGGUCGGCCGGCCUCCCUCUGUGUGUGUGCGUGUUUUAUUGGCGGUAGGGUGGGCGCGUUCGGUGUCCGCGCACGGUGCUCGCGGCGCGCAUGGAUUGGCCGUGGAGCGCCGCGAGAGCUGCGCCCAUUGGCCGAUCACGGCUGCCGGCGGGAGCGCGCGCGAUGUGCGCGGGCUCGAUGAAUUCCCGGUCGCGUCUCAUGGGGGCAUGUCGAUCUGUCUGGGUGUGUUCGGCGUUGGCAUGGCCGUUCGCUCUGCGUGCGGGUUCCCUGGAGAGUUUCAUUGUCGCGGACUGAUUCGGUUGGUCUCGUUGGAUGUUAUUUCGCCGCGUUGCGUUCGGCGCGCUCGCUGCGGUAGACGACGAAACAAGCAGGCGUUGUCAACUCGAAUUCAUCAGGCUGGAGGCGACGUUGUGACCUGCCAGCUAAAACGCAUGUUCAAUCGCUACGACUUGUUUGAUAUUUCCAUUUGUAAUACAUGGAUCAUCAAAAGUUA